CGUAGAAUUGACGCCGCGUCACGUCAUCCACGCAUUGGAUGAAACGCCAUUACUACAACUCGUGCGGUGGGAGGCUUUCGCCCGCUAAUUGUUAAACGUGUAUUGUGUACAUGUGUUCAUGUGUGGAGCCAUACACGUAGCGCGCCCGCGUACGACCGAUUAAGCGCGUAACUCACCCGCCGUCUGCGCGAUUCUCUCGGUCGUUUUUUCAACGCACACGUUGGAGCCCAAAACACAGGACACUCUUAGCUGCACUUGCACUCAAUUUUCUCGAACGAUCGCUGCUGGUGGCGAUCACAAGUGCAAGAGACGAUCUUAAUUAGCCCAGUAGUAUAGGUGCAAAAGGGCACACGUGUGAGUUGUUGCUGUAUUCCAUAUACGACUCGUUCGCGUCCACGUGUUGGAAAAUGCAGGCAUAGGUAACCCAGACUUGUCGUAAACCGAGAUAAACUUUUGUUUCCUACAGGUCGUGCAGCAGGAGAGUCAAACAUGGCGUUUUUGAAAACUCCAGAAAAGCAGAGAAUUGUCUUCAGGGACCUGGGCAACAAUAUUCCAUUCUCACCUACUAGUAAUUUAAAAUGUCUAGCAGAGGCAGCUGCUUCUAGCAAUCAGUUGCCAGCAGAAGGAUACAAAACACCAUCGCCCUUUGAUUGUGGUUCAGAUGUGAAAAAAACCAGAAAAGAGAAAUCACUCACAGAGUUAUGCAAAAAAUUCCUAAAUUUAUUUCCUUUGAAAUUGGACGAAAACUGCGAAAUAUGUUUGAAUGAAACUACUGAUAAACUUAAAACAGAAAAAAGAAGACUCUAUGACAUUAUAAAUGUUUUGGAAAGCUUGGACAUGGCUUCCAGAGCUUGUAAAAAUAAAUAUUAUUGGUAUGGGGAAACUCAUUUGCACUCAACAUUGUUUACUUUAAGAGCAUCAGCAAUUCGAUUAGGUUUAGAUAAAAAAAUCCAGGAGAUUCAAAGAGUUAACAGAGCCUUUAUAUCAAAUGAUAGCAAGUUAAAUAACUUCUCACCUAACGAUUUCAUGGUACCUCAAAGUCCAAUUGUAAACUUCAAGUUUCCAGAGAGUAGUAACAAUGAUAAAGAAGAUAAGAGCUUAGGGGUAAUGUGCAGAAAAUUCCUCAUGCUAUUUUUAGUAUCUAUGAAAAAUGGAGUCAUUAACUUAGACAUAGCAGCUAAAGUUCUCAUAAAUGAAUCAGAUUUACUGGAUUCUUCAAAUUCUUCACAAAAUGCUAAAUCUAAAGCAUCCAAAGGAAGAAGACUUUAUGAUAUUGCUAAUGUUCUACUUGCAAUUGGAUUAAUCGAAAAAGUUGACAUGUACAGUGCCUGGUCUAUAAAAAAGCCAAUUUAUAGAUACUGUGGACCCGAUUUAGACUCUUUGCAAACAGGUGAAAAUGAGCAAAAUAGAUUCAAUCAUUCUCCGUUUUACUCAAGUACUCCAAAAAGGUCCUUUUCAUGCUUGCCUUUUAAAUCAAAUCAUCCUAGACCUUGCAGAAGUGAGAGCUAUACAGAAACAAAGAAACGAAAACUUUUUACUUCAGAUGAUGAUUUGGGAAGUAGGAACCAACCACAUGACUUAUCUCAGAAAAGACUAUUUCAAAAAUCUCGUUCAUUGAAUGAGAUUUUAAAUAAGUCAGCUACUGAUUUUGUUGAAUCGGAAAUCAAAUCACUGAAGCAUGAAGACACUUCACCAGAAAGUCGAAGCUCGACAUGUUCACAAUUUAUAUCAUCACCAGUGCAACUGAUAAAUAUGCCCUCAACACCAUCGAAUACUCCAUGUUCAUUGCGCUCUAUUCACGUUCAGAAAGUUACACCUGUUAUAAAAAAACCAUCUUCUGUAGCAUCAACUGUAUCCAAUUAUCUAGUCAUCACACCUAAAUUGCAGCAAACGACUUAUCCAAAAAGUAUUCAACUGUUUAAAGAAAAAUCUGUGGAAGGACAAAUUGAACAAUUUUCUAAUGCGGUUGUAGAAAAAUCUGUUGUUAUUCAGACUGAAGAAAAUAAAGAAAUGCAAGUUUCAAAGGAACCAGUAAUCAAGUUGGAAAUCAAUAAUAUAUCUUCUGAUAAAAGCCUUCAAAGUGUCCAAGUGGGUGAUAGCAAAGAAGUAAUAUACAAGUUAGACACUACUAAUGGUAUUGCUAUAUCCGUUGGUGAUGUCUUCCAAUGUGUGAAAAUGGGUGAUAGCUUGGGAUUACGUCAUCUCAAGACCUCAAGUGAUACUAAGUAACUUGGUCAAGUGCAAAUACAAUUUUUUUUUAACUGAUAGAUUCAUAAUUUUCAAUAUUUAAGUUUAAUAUUGUAGUAUAUACAUAUGUAGUUUAAAAUUUAGGGCUAAAUGUCCAUUUCUUGAAAUCAUGAACUAAAUAUAUUGAUAGAUUCGAUAUAUAAGAAUAUCCAGAGUGUAUAUAUAGUUUACGCUGCUAAAAAAGAAAAAGUAUGAAAAAUUUCAUAUGAAAGUUAAUUACAUGAAAAAUAUAUUUAUAAAUGUUAUGCUUUAGGCACAUUAAAAGUAAAGAAUUAAUUAGUAGCAUUUGCAUAACCAAAGGAAAAAUUAGACCUCUUCAACAGAAAAGCAAAUGUAUGUGAUUGCACAAUUCUCUUGUAAUUGUGAGGACAAAAUUAAUUAAGAAUAUUUUAAUUCAUGAAAGUAUUGUAUGAGAUGAAGUGAUUUUUUUCUAUUUGAUAGGCAAGUAUGACAUGAACUUACACAAAGACUUGUAAUUAUGAUUACAAAAAUGUAAUUGAAAUUGUAUAUAGCAAUUAAUUGAAAA